AUGAGACGAAGCAACAACCCCAAUUCAGACGCGCAUACAAGCCCAACCGAAUACCAAACACCAGCCCGAACAUCCACCACCGCACCCACAUCCUCCAGACCCUCGAACUCGAAAUCAAUCACGACUGUCAGAAGGACCCAAAACCAGACACCGAUCGCACCGUCGCUGUCCAGAUCGAAUUCUUCAUGCAAAAAUAACACGUUCUCCAGUUCGCUGGGCCGGCAGCAAUCUACGCUCACGCAGAUAGAUUGGGUGGCAACAAGACGGCACCCGGAUUCAGAGGACGACGACCUCGACGAUAACAGACUCGAUUAUAUCGACGCAGAACCUAAUGCGCAGCAUGAUGAUACGUCGAAUACGAAUACAAGUACCAAUACCAAGACUAAUGCACGCGACGUGAUCGAGAUAUCGGAUGACUCUGGGAAUGAUGCCGAUUACCAACGAGCGCCGUCUUCGCGGACGCGGCCGGCCCGCGAUAUUCGAUUUGGACAAAAACCAAUGAUGAAGGCGGAUACCUCCAGACGAAGGAGAAGUACACCAAAACCUAAUAGUGCGGAGAAGGGCUCUGGCCGGAGGAAAAGUGGCGGCAGCGUCCGGGGGAGUAAUAAAAAGGGCAAGCAGCCGAAAGAGCGGGAUAAGACUCUUACGCAGAUGGAUUAUGUUCGGCGGUACUUGAAGAUCGAGCCGGAUGAUGAUGUGCAGCUGGAAUACACAUACUAUAGUCCGAAGAAGGACAGGGAUCCGGGGAGUCGUGAGGCGCAUCGGCGCAGUGCGGAGGAGGCGGCGCUACAGUCUACGAAACAGGAUGAGAAGGAUGGGAUCAAGAGACGGAAGUUGACUGAAGAGCUUGAGUCGAAAGACGACUCCAAUCUUGAGGGGAUUCGCAGUGGAAGACAGCUGUCUCGAGGGCUUGUGACGCCGAAGAAGACGAUCAAAAUUGAGAUACCGUCCUCGCAGUCACCAAAUAGUCCUGAGCUCGUGCUUGUUUCGCCAUCGCAGUUCCGUGGGGUAAAUCGGUUUCCACUGAAACAAACAUCAGUUGAUCGUCUGGUGAAAGAAGAACAGCUUAGUUCUGCAGAGAGAAAGGUUCAGCAUGAUCUAGACCGUGCAUCAUCCUCUCCCGGUCGUACCUCAUUACCUGAUUCUCCGGCUUCUCCGAUACCUCGAAAUAAUACCCCAUCUGAUGAUGAGGACGACCCGGACACCACGCCCAGAAUUCACAGGCCCAAUACACAAAGGACCGUAGUAUAUGAGACCGAUGCUGAGUCGGACUGUGGCGAGACUCAAGACGACCUGUCUGUUCCUCCUUCCUCUCAGAAGCCGAAAAUGGUCAACAUUGGCGGCGAUCCUAUUGAAGAUAUUCAAUCUCCGCAACGCUACGAGUCCCAGGAGCUUCCUUCACCUGUGAUUCCCUCAGGGCCCGAUAAUGAAACCGGGCCGUCGUAUCCAGACUUGUCAUCCGAUGCGUCAAUAUGUUAUCGACGGCCACAUCAUUCUACUCAAUACCCCGUCGAACCUAUCCCUCUGAUGGAUACCCAAGCACUGGCCGAACUCUUUCCACAGGAGAAAGAGAACAGCGCCCAGCAAAUACUUACCGAUACGACACAGACACAAUCGUCACCGGCUGUCCAGCGCCAUCCAUUGCGGACGCAUCCCCAAUUAACCCAGACACAAACGCAAACUCAAUCCCAGUCUCAAUCGACCUCUCAAGACUUGAAGACUUCGACUGAAAUCGUACCAGAAUCUUCGCCCGUAACACGGCAGGAUUCAAACCCCUCCAUGCCACAGGAAUCGGUUGUGCAAGUCGAGUCCUCGCAACCAGCAGACAGGUUUCUUAGGAAUGUCGGAAUUGAACAGGAUUCCGGUUCGCGGGGCUUCGUUGGGAAUCAACUGCUCUCUUCAAGUGUUUUGGAGAGUAUACCCAUGCCGCCAUUAUGGAUGGGCAGUCAGGACAGUGUUGGAGAGCCGUACAGUGAGCCAGGCAAUGAAUAG